GGGCUCGGUCGCCAGCAACCGAGCGGGGCCCGGCCCGAGCGGGGCCUGGGGGUGCGACGCCGAGGGCGGGGGAGCGCGCGCCGCUGCUCCCGGACCGGGACGCGCACGCCGCCUCAGGAAGCAUCACCGUUGCUGGAGGCACCUGACAAAUCCUGGCGAAUUUUUGGAGCAUCUCCGCCCAGGAACCUCGCCAUCCAGAAGUGUGCUUCCCGCACAGCUGCAGCCAUGGGGUCUGAGGACCACGGCGCCCAGAACCCCAGCUGUAAAAUCAUGACGUUUCGCCCAACCAUGGAAGAAUUUAAAGACUUCAACAAAUACGUGGCCUACAUAGAGUCGCAGGGAGCCCACCGGGCGGGCCUGGCCAAGAUCAUCCCCCCGAAGGAGUGGAAGCCGCGGCAGACGUAUGACGACAUCGACGACGUGGUGAUCCCGGCGCCCAUCCAGCAGGUGGUGACAGGCCAGUCAGGCCUCUUCACGCAGUACAACAUCCAGAAGAAGGCUAUGACAGUGGGCGAGUACCGCCGCCUGGCCAACAGCGAGAAGUACUGUACCCCGCGGCACCAGGACUUUGACGACCUUGAACGCAAAUACUGGAAGAACCUCACCUUUGUCUCCCCGAUCUACGGGGCUGACAUCAGCGGCUCUUUGUACGAUGACGACGUGGCCCAGUGGAACAUCGGGAGCCUCCGGACCAUCCUGGACAUGGUGGAGCGCGAGUGUGGCACCAUCAUCGAGGGCGUGAACACGCCCUACCUGUACUUUGGCAUGUGGAAGACCACCUUUGCCUGGCACACCGAGGACAUGGACCUGUACAGCAUCAACUACCUGCACUUCGGGGAGCCCAAGUCCUGGUACGCCAUCCCGCCAGAGCACGGCAAGCGCCUGGAGCGGCUGGCCAUCGGCUUCUUCCCCGGGAGCUCGCAGGGCUGCGACGCCUUCCUGCGGCAUAAGAUGACCCUCAUCUCACCCAUCAUCCUGAAGAAGUACGGGAUCCCCUUCAGCCGGAUCACACAGGAGGCUGGGGAAUUCAUGAUCACAUUUCCCUACGGCUACCACGCCGGCUUCAAUCACGGGUUCAACUGCGCAGAAUCUACCAACUUCGCCACCCUGCGGUGGAUUGACUACGGCAAAGUGGCCACUCAGUGCACGUGCCGGAAGGACAUGGUCAAGAUCUCCAUGGACGUGUUCGUGCGCAUCCUGCAGCCCGAGCGCUACGAGCUGUGGAAGCAGGGCAAGGACCUCACGGUGCUGGACCACACGCGGCCCACGGCGCUCACCAGCCCUGAGCUGAGCUCCUGGAGUGCGUCCCGGGCCUCGCUGAAGGCCAAGCUCCUCCGCAGACAAAUUAGUCUGAAAGAAAACAGACACUGGAAAAAGACUGAGGAGGAGAGGAAACCAAGUCUAGAAAGGAAGAAAGAGCAGACCAAAAGGCCGGGGCUGUCGUCUCACCGGAAACGGAGCCAGCCCAAGAAGCCGAAGCCCGAAGACCCCAAAUUCCCCGGGGAGGGUACGGCUGGGGCGGCGCUCCUGGAGGAGGCUGGGGGCAGCGUGAAGGAGGAGGCUGGGCCAGAGGCUGACCCCGAGGAGGAGGAGGAGGAGCCGCAGCCACUGCCACACGGCCGGGAGGCUGAGGACGCAGAAGAGGAUGGGAGGGGCAGGCUACGGCCAACCAAGGCCAAGAGCGAGCGGAAGAAGAAGAGCUUCGGCCUGCUGCCCCCGCAGCUGCCACCCCCGCCUGCUCACUUCCCCUCAGAGGAGGCGCUGUGGCUGCCAUCCCCACUGGAGCCCCCGGUGCUGGGCCCGGGCCCUGCAGCCACGGAGGAGAACCCCCUGCCGGCGCCCCUCAAUGUCGUGCCCCCUGAGGUGCCCAGCGAGGAGCUAGAGGCCAAGCCUCGGCCCAUCAUCCCUAUGCUGUACGUGGUGCCACGGCCAGGCAAGGCAGCCUUCAACCAGGAGCACGUGUCCUGCCAGCAGGCCUUUGAGCACUUUGCCCAGAAGGGUCCGACCUGGAAGGAACCAGUCUCCCCCAUGGAGCACGGGCCAGAGGAUGGUGCAGCCAGCAGUGGGGCCGGUCGCAUGGAGACCAAAGCCCGGGCCGGAGAGGGGCAGGCACCGUCCACGUUUUCCAAAUUGAAGAUGGAGAUCAAGAAGAGCCGGCGCCAUCCCCUGGGCCGGCCGCCCACCCGGUCCCCGCUGUCGGUAGUCAAGCAGGAGGCCUCAAGUGACGAGGAGGCAUCCCCUUUCUCCGGGGAGGAAGACGUGAGUGACCCGGAAGCCUUGAGGCCACUGCUGUCUCUGCAGUGGAAGAACAGGGCGGCCAGCUUCCAGGCCGAGAGGAAGUUCAACGCGGCGGCUGCGCGUACGGAGCCCUACUGCGCCAUCUGCACGCUCUUCUACCCCUACUGCCAGGCCCUACAGACCGAGAAGGAGGCGCCCACAGCCUCCCUCGGAGAGGGCUCCUCGGCCACAUUGCCCUCCAAAAGCGGUCAGAAGACCCGACCGCUGAUCCCCGAGAUGUGCUUCACCUCUGGCGGCGAGAACACGGAGCCGCUGCCUGCCAACUCCUACAUCGGCGACGACGGGACCAGCCCCCUGAUCACCUGCGGCAAGUGCUGCCUGCAGGUCCAUGCCAGUUGCUAUGGCAUCCGUCCCGAGCUGGUCAAUGAAGGCUGGACGUGUUCCCGGUGCGCGGCCCACGCCUGGACUGCGGAGUGCUGCCUGUGCAACCUGCGAGGAGGUGCGCUGCAGAUGACCACCGAUAGGAGGUGGAUCCACGUGAUCUGCGCCAUCGCAGUCCCCGAGGCGCGCUUCCUGAACGUGAUUGAGCGCCACCCUGUGGACAUAAGCGCCAUCCCCGAGCAGCGGUGGAAGCUGAAAUGCGUGUACUGCCGGAAGCGGAUGAAGAAGGUGUCGGGUGCCUGCAUCCAGUGCUCCUACGAGCACUGCUCCACGUCCUUCCACGUGACCUGCGCCCACGCCGCCGGCGUGCUCAUGGAGCCGGACGACUGGCCCUACGUGGUCUCCAUCACCUGCCUCAAGCACAAGUCGGGGUUCACGCUGUGAGUGCCUGCUCGCCUCUUUGUCCCCGGCCCCUGGCUCCCGCCCCUACUGACACCCGCACUGACCACCCCCACACCCUCCGCAUCCUCCCAGGUCCAGCUCCUGAGGGCCGUGUCUCUAGGCCAGGUGGUCAUCACCAAGAACCGCAACGGGCUGUACUACCGCUGCCGCGUCAUCGGUGCCGCCACGCAGACCUGCUACGAAGUGAACUUCGACGAUGGCUCCUACAGUGACAACCUGUACCCCGAGAGCAUCACGAGUAGGGACUGUGUCCGGCUGGGACCCCCUUCCGAGGGGGAGCUGGUGGAGCUCCGGUGGACUGACGGCAACCUCUACAAGGCCAAGUUCAUCUCCUCCGUCACCAGCCACAUCUACCAGGUAAGCGGGGGGCCUGGCAGCCCCACCAUGCCUUUGCCAAGCUCUUCUUGUAGGUGCGGGGACAGGAGGAUCACACCCCUGGCCCAGGUGCCUUUGCCUGGGGCACUGGCGGGUGUGGGCCAUGGUUAGUGAGGGCCACAGGGCCCGGCUGAGCCUUGGCUCACCUGCCUGAGUUAGAAGCACAGGGCUGGUUUGUUUUCAAAGCUAAAGGGGCCUCCACUUGGGUGACAUUCCCCUUUGAGACACCUUCUCAGUUUUUCUUAACAUAAGUUCUCCCUUUCACUGUUUUGGAGUGUACAGCUCAGUACCCCUGGGUUUUUUUGUUU